AUGUCUAGGUGGUUGACCACCCUUUUGACCUGCCUUCUCGUACAAAAUGUUCUCGCCAUUGAUGUUAACCCUGAGGAUGAGACGUCCCUCAAAAAUGCCGCCAAGACCGUCGCCACCACAAUGAUCGAUUUCUACAAUGCCCGCGACUCGAAAGAUAUCCCAGGGAAAUUCGACGAAACCUGGUGGGAGGGUGGUUCGAUGUUUAUGACCCUCAUCCAGUACUGGUAUUUAACCGGCGACAGCCAGUUCAACGACGCCAUUCAGGAAGGCAUGUAUUGGCAAAAGGGCGACGACAACGACUUUUUCCCAAGCAACUACUCCCAGUACCUCGGUAACGACGAUCAAGUGUUCUGGGGACUAGCGGCGAUGACCGCGGGCGAACUGAACUUCCCAGAAAGAGAGGGCGAACCCUCGUGGAUUUCUCUUGCCGAGGGUGUCUUCAAUGGACAAAUCCCUCGCUGGGAUAUGACCGCUUGCGGUGGUGGUUUGCGGUGGCAGAUUUGGCCUUACCAGGAUGGGUAUAAUUUGAAAAACGCCAUCUCCAAUGGCGGCUUGUUCCAGCUGUCAGCGCGUCUGGCACUAUAUACCAAGAAUGCGACCUAUGCCGAGUGGGCCGAGAAGAUUUGGGAUUGGAGUCAUUCUACGCCACUCUUGAGGAAAACCUGGGUUAUCGCCGAUACCACUACCAACGCUGCGAAUUGCAAGGAUCAUGGUGAUCACCAAUGGACUUACAACUACGCCACGUAUAUCUCCGGUGCAGGCUAUAUGCACAACUACGCACGUCUAUUCCCUACCAAUGGCACCGAGAGCAAAUGGCUUGAAGGCAUAACAGGACUGAUCAAGACAUCUGAUCAGUUUUUCCCUGAAUCCGGUGGGAAACAAAUCAUAUCCGACAUCACCUGCGAGCCGAUCAAUAAGUGCGAUCGCAACCAGAAAACCUUCAAGACCUAUUUCACUUCAUGGCUAGGAUUCAUGUCGCUGAUAGUGCCGUCCAAUGUCACGUCGGAGAUAAUGGGGAAAUUCAAGGCCUCCGCUGUCGCUGCCGGUCAACAAUGCUCCGGUGGGAGCGAUGGGAAGCAUUGUGGAAUUCGUUGGACGAAAAAGUCGGAAUGGGAUGGGACCAUCGGCUUGGAGCAGCAGAUGUCCGUCUUGGGUGUUCUUAAUGCUGUCCUGGUCCCAUUCGCGGCCGAGGGCCCUUACAAUGCUGACAAUGGUGGGAAAUCCAAAAGCGACCCACACGGGGGCUCAAAUCCCGAGGGUAGCGUGGGGCCCGAGCCGAUCACCACGGGUGAUAGGGUUGGCGCAGGAAUCUUGACUGCGAUCUUCGUUAUAUUCUGGGUCGGGGCUAUAUCCUGGAUGGUUGUUGGAGGCAAGUAG